ACUGCCUGCUUGGCUGUGCUCUCGGCUCCGGACAUAGUGCUUGCUGCCUGCUGCUGUAAAAAUGCUGCUCUCUGUGCCGCCAAGGACAGGAUUCAACCCAUACAACGGCUAUACCAGCAGACUUAGUAAAAAGCCGACGUAUGUGUCCUCCAGCCACCAGAUGUCUCCACCCAGCCCCAACCACACCACCACUAGCAGCAGCAGUAACGGCAGCCUCAGUGGAGAGCAGCUGAGCAAAACUAACCUCUACAUCCGCGGCCUACAUCCGGGAACCACAGACCAGGACCUGGCCAAACUGUGUCAGCCGUAUGGGAAAAUUGUGUCCACUAAAGCCAUCCUGGACAAGACCACUAACACAUGCAAAGGCUAUGGCUUUGUAGACUUUGACAGUCCGUCCACGGCACAGAAAGCAGUGACAGCACUGAAGGCUGGUGGAGUCCAGGCUCAGAUGGCUAAGCAACAGGAGCAGGACCCCACUAACCUGUACAUCUCCAACCUGCCUGUGUCUUUGGAUGAGCAGGAGCUGGAGAAUAUGCUGAAGCCAUUCAGUCAGGUCAUCUCUACACGCAUCCUCAGAGACGCCAAUGGCACCAGCAGAGGAGUGGGCUUUGCCAGGAUGGAGUCAACAGAGAAAUGUGAGACUAUCAUUCAACAUUUCAACGGCAAAUAUAUCAAGACUCCACCUGGAGUUCCAGUGCCCUCGGAACCCCUGUUAUGUAAGUUUGCAGAUGGAGGACAGAAGAAGAGACAGAGCCAGGGAAAGUACCUGCAGCAUGGCCGUCCCUGGACAAGAGAUGGGGAAACGGGAGGAAUGACCCUGACAUAUGACCCCACCACAGCCUUACAGAACGGGUUCUACUCAUCUCCCUACAGUAUGGCCCCUAACAGAAUGAUCGCUCAGACCUCCCUCUCCCCCUACAUGCAUUCUCCUGUUAAUACCUACCAGAUUCACAGCCCACAGUCCUGGAUGCAUCAUCAGUCGUACCUCAUGCAGACCUCAGGCCAAGUCCUGACGCAGGGCAUGGACCACACCAUGUCCAUCCAGCCCACCUCUAUGAUGGGGCCUCUCACACAGCAGCUCAGCCACCUCUCUAUGGGCAGCAGUGGCACGUAUAUGCCUGCAAACACAUCAAUGCAAGGGACCUACAUCCCUCAGUACACCCAAGUGCCUCAGACCAACGUUUCAGUCGAGGAAAGUGCCGUCCUACAACAGGUUGCCCUGGAGACGCCCAUGGAACACCCAGACUACUCCUACCAGCACAGCAAAUGAAGAGGAGGGACAGGUGGGUUUCCUAGAGUCCAUCUCCUGGGCCGCCUGCCGUCCGUACAGCUCAGCUCAUAGUGACUCUGGACAGUACACACCAGACACUAGGAGGAAUAUGGACCAGACUGUCACACUAAAGACAAAAUGAUAUUUUCAAAUCAGAGGUUAUGGUAAACUGUUGGAUGAAGAUGGAUACAAUGAAAAUGAACGGAACGUUGAACAUCUAUUCUGAUAACAGAACAUGACUAUAGUCGAAGAAAGAGAAAAACACCACACACACACAUUAUUUUCUGUGCAUGUAUUAACAAAUUAUUUUCAAAACUAUUCUGAGGAGGAUGAAAACCAGCAACAUAAAGUUACACCACCGUGUGUCAUUUUAGAGUCAUCGUUUAGUUUGACUUUUUAGUUAAAUAUGCAGAUUUUGUUUUUUGUCGUCUGUUAUUUUUAAGCUUUUCGUCUGUUUUUUUGUUGCAGAUUCAAAAAGUAAUUGAUCAAUGAUUUUUUUCUUCAUUUCACAUUAUUGUUUUUGUUCCCUACACGCUGCUUGUUUUAAUUGUGUAAAUGUUUGAAGAGAGAAGGCUGAACAAACUGCUCAAGUUACUUAGAUGUGUGUCAAAUCUGGUGCUAUCAACUUUUUUUCUCUCCAAAGUGACAAGUAUUGCAGGAGAAUGAAACAUUAUUGGAAGUUGUCUUACUGUUUUUAGCACUUGGGUCCCUAGUUAAAAUUCUCACAAUAAUUUUUACAAUCUAAAUAGAUAUUUAGAAAGAACACUUAAGACAAUAAAAUAUAUUUAACUGAUUAUUUCCAGAUUCUGGCCAAUUAUAAUAAACUUAUACAGGGAAAAUGAAAAAUAUCCGCACAAUAAAAUUUGACAGAGAAAUGUAGUUGUUGGUUAUAUUUGGGGAAUAUAAUGCUAAAUUGCUCCAAUGCUACCCAACAACAUAAAUCAAUCUUUCAAUUUGGUUUUAGUGGGUUAAGCUGCUACCCUUUUAACAGACCCAAAGUUGUUCUUAGGAGUUCAUAUCAUCGAGUGUUGAGCUAGUAGUUUAAAGAAGUAAAUUAGAGAUCCAAAAAGUAUGGCCAGUACUGAGAUGCUUAGCCGUGUCUUUUUGAUUCCAGCUUUCUCUCUGUCUGUUUGUUGAUUCCUGUUUUUGUUUGUUUGUUUUGAUUCCGAGGGACAAUUUUUUCUAUAAAAGAUUGAGAUUUUGUAUUCAAUUUAAUACUUUUAAGAUUGAUCAAUGUUAUUUUUGGUAGUGUGCAUUGAGUAGGUACUUGUUUCUUUGGACAGUAGAUUCAAGUUUUUCUUUUGAAAUAGUGUCUGCCAUUACUGUCAUUUGUGUUUUGGGUUGUGACUACAGAGAAUACAGCUACGACCGGAAGUACAUUUUUGUAGCAGGUUAGGAGAACAUUUUAGCUAACUCUAACCCUUUUCCUAACCUAAGUCUCCUAGCAUGCCAUGUUAAUUAUCCUAACCUGCUUCAUAAAUUCUCCUAACCUGAUAUGAAAAAGGCACUUCCGGUUGUAGCUGUACUCCUGCUAGUCAGAACCAUGUUUUUAUUUUUCAAUCACAUGGAAAAGGCUUUAAAUGUUUGAGAGAUUUCCAAUCCGUCUGUGUCAACAAGUUUUGACACUUUGGCACUUUCCAAGAGCUUACUGUUCAUCAGUCCAAGAUAAUGAAUUAUGUGUUAUAACUCUUACAAAUUAUUUCUGAAAUGUGUCCCAAGUGGUAGUCAGUCAUUCAGUCAGUCAGUGGUUAGGGAAUGCAGUGUCUGAAAAGUAAUAUUACCUCCUACUAGAGCAACGUAGAACCUUGCACAAUGUUAAUGUGCAAGGUUCUGAGACGUUUUAUGAGGUCACAACUCCAUGGUUCUCAAGGCUGCUCUCACAGUCACAGCAGGUACUGUGUCCAUAUCCUCACUCUUCUGUCCUAUGUUCAGAAACUAGGCCUACAUCCGAGGUCAAACCUCCAGUCUGACUGUUUUGUUUCUCAAAAUGGCCAGUGAUCUAUGCAAUUAAUUUAUUGUCCACAAUAAUGCAAUACUUAUAUUUCAGGUGACAACAAUGGACUGUUUGUCAAUAGUGACUUUUGAAACACUCAUUUAUCAUUUUGCUAUCGGUGGCUUUCAUUUGAGUUUAACUUCAUCCAAAACCUCUAGUUGUAAGAUUAUCAGCCUCAUUGUUCAUCUAAUGACAGUGAGAUGGCUGCAUAAAAGGGAAUGUUUUUGUGUACAACAUGGUUAAUGAGAUUGGAGAAAAUCACUAAACUAUCUUGCUAAAGGCCUCACACCAUCUCCUAACAAUGGGAUACUGACUACCUUGUCCAUCCAGAUACAGAGUCCUUAUUGUUGUUGGUCAAACAAAUAUUGGUUGUUGAUUUUUUUGUUUGUUACCAAAGACAUCAUCCGGUAGGCAUUGAACAUUUCUAAGUGAAUAAAUUUGUAAUUUGUUUUA